GAGCUAUACACGACAGAAAAAUCUUAUCAUCGACUGCUCAGAUUGAUCCAGACACGCUACAUGCAACCGAUGAUUGCCGCCUCACAAGAGGCGUCGCCUUUGGUCAAAGAAGGCGACAUACCGGUUCUCUUUCGCCACUUGCCAGAGAUGCUUCAGCUUUCGGGAAAGAUUCUGCAGUGUUUUGAAGACGAACCACUACCACAGGGCCGUUUUCACAACACACCUUCUUUGGUCCGCAUCGGACGAAUGUUUCAGAUGCUCGAGCAGGAAAUGGUGGUGUUCCUGAAAUAUGCCGUUCAUUAUGAGGCGCAUAGCAAACUGAUCCGACGCGCAUGCAGUAAUGUAUUGUUUUUGAAGAUAGAACAAGAAUCUUUAACUCGCAAGGAUACGAAUCGAAUGGGCAUUGCCGAUUAUUUGAUUGCACCUUUUCAACGUGUGCCUCGUUAUUGCCUUCUAAUAAAAGAUUUGAUGAAACAUACCGAUCGUAGCGAUCCGCAAUUUGCAGAGCUGGAUGUCGCAUUGAAAAUGCUGACUGGGUUGACAGUAGCGAUGGACCAUGUACAAAAAACACCUCGAUAA